AGCCGAAGUGCCGGUUGCCAUGGCGGUCGACGUCAUGGCCGUGAUCAAAACACAAACAAACCGUGAGCUAAUUCCUGUUUCGAGUCGGUCUCGACUCGAAGCGAAGCGUCGCGCGUUUACGGCCGGUAACCGUCAGACGGAUCGCAUGUGCAGAUGGCUUUCUGAGAUUUCCCACGCCUGUCGUCCGCCACGUGUGUGCUCCUGGAGCAACCGCGGGCAAUGCCAAAUCGCGACAACAGUGCUGACAGAACCAGAGAGAAGCAGUCGUAAGAUUUCAAUCGUAGAGAAUGAACUGGAGCCGGUGCAUAAGCCGCUACGUUGCAGACGGUUUCACAGGACGAGACGUCGCUCGAGGGUCAACGGGGAAUUCGAGGAGUCGGCGGAUAAGAAUGGAAACGGCAACGGCGUUACGCUGCCCAAGAAAGGCGGCAAGCACGGCGCUCAAAAGAAAAUUGACAGGCUAGUCGAAGAGAACCGAAUAUCAACGAUGAAACUGGAAAGCUCUAACAUAAGUCCUGAGACCAUCGCAGAAUUGAAAGAAAAGGAUUCCUUGGUGUUAAAAAUUUACACCAAGUAUCACAAGCUGUUGAAAAGCCACGACAGCCUGCGGCAGGAAUAUGAGAAGAUAAACGACCGUUUGGCAGAACGUGAAACGGAGUACCGCGAGUUGCAUAUGCAUCACAAGAAAUUCACGGAGGCUUUGCAAAAAGUCGAGAAAACCAAUUCCAAUCUUCUGACAUUCAACCAAAGAUGCAAGGCCGAAAAUGUUCAGUUAAACGAAGAUGUGGUGCUUCUCAAGCACGUGAUAUAUCGAUUGAACGAGGAGCUUGAAAGAUAUCAGGAUAAGUUAAAGGAGUCUGGACAAGGUGUCUCGUCUAAAAAUAUUAACGACGUAUUAGAUUCUAAGACGGACGAUGUCAGGACGAUAUCGGAAUCAUGGGGUUCGGUGAACACGCACGUGCUGGGCCCACUUUUGGACGCCUAUCAGGAGAGCCUGUCGGAGAAGCAGGAGCUUGUAAAUAGAUACGAGGAGGACAUCGCGAGUUUCAGUACCAGAUGCAAAGAGGUUAUCGCGGAGAACGAGUGUAUGCAGAACGAAAUGGAGAAACUGAGGUCGAAGUGUACCAGGUACGCGGACGAAAUCAAGAUGAUAUCCGAGGACGGUGACUUGCUCAAGGAGUUGAACGAGUGUUACACGAGGCAGACGGCUCAUCAGAAGCAAAAGAUACACGAGAUCCAUUCGUUGUACGAGCAGAAAGUCGAGGCGAUGUCGUUCGACAAUAACAGACUGCACGAGGAGUAUCUCGCAUCCAAGACCGAAUUGAGUAAUCUUCAAGGGAAAUACGAUGUUCUUCAUAAGGAGUACGAAAAGUUGCAAAACGAUAAUACAAAAACAAUGCCUAUUCACGUUCACAAUGCCGCCGUCGAGGAAUGCCGAGAUCUGUUUGAUAAACUGAAGCGCCAGUAUGAAACUGAGAAGGAGAAGCUGUCCGCUCGUGUUAAAGAGUUGGAGGAAUCCCACGGUCAAAAUAAAACGCAGCUGGAUGUCAUUACGAUAGAGAGAAAUCAAUUGAAAGCGUUGAAUAAGAGCUUUGAGAAACGUUUGAAACGUAUGCAGCAAAAGCUGGAGCAUUUCCAAAAAAUUACGUAUUCCAUGCAAACGUCCCGAGAUUCGUUUAAGAAACAGCUAAGGAAGACUACGCUGUAUUGCGAAGAGUUAUUUAGCGAAUACGAAAGGAUAGUCGCCGAACGGGAUAAGUUAGUUGCACUUUUACAUGAAACGGAAAAUGAAAAUGCAAGUAUCCAUUUUCUCGGCGAUACCAUCACUCAACGAGUGGGUCACCUGAAGGAUCAAUUAAAGAUCGUACACGAAGGCGCUAAGCAGCAAUUAGCGCUGACCGAGAAAAAUAUGAAAGUGCAGCAACUCGGCGUGCACCGGAUGAAGGACGAGUAUCACCGCGAGGUGCAACGCUUCAAGCAUCUGCUGAAGCAAAAAGAGGAGACGAUCGGACGGCUGCAGAAAGAGAUCAGCGCGACCCGCGAGAACCUGGAACUCGUUUGGAAAGUCACCGCUGCGGACAGCAAGAAAGUUAAAGGGGCGCUGAAGAGCGCCAAGGUUCAGCACGUUUAGUCGAGCUUAGAAAUUACCUGGGAUCUCCUAGAUGGAGGUAUCCGCGAUGUAAAAUAAAUUUAACUCCGUUCCCGGUAUGUGCAAUAAAAAAAAAAAUUGUUUCGCCGGCAACGUAUAAAAUUUAUACGGUGCCCAGCACCGAUCGUCUUAGAAGCACUUUGUGGAAGCGGAAACUAGUCAUUGUACAAUACUGUAUAGCAUAAUGUAUCGAACGCGAUCUUUGUAAUUUAUUACAUACAUAAUUAUACAAUUA